CCGACUCUGCAGUUAGUUCAUUGUCAUCAGUGUCAUGUACGCUACUCUUGGUUCUUCGAGCAAUCUUCUUGUAGACGGAAACCCUAAAGAGAAAGGGGAGUAUCCAAAUUGCGAGCUUUUAACGAAUACGCCCUUCGUAUAGUACUUGAAAUGGAAUCAGUGGGAUAAUUCAAGUUUUUAUAUUUGACUUUUGAGUGUUGAUGGUGUUCUUACAUGUAGAUUAAUAUGGAGGAAGUGGAAACUGAAGUUUUAAAGAAUGAACUUGUUUGCGAGGAAAAUUCAAAAAAGUGUAGCUGUACUGAGUUGGAAGAAAGGAGUAAGAAGGCUGAAGCAAAGAUUGUAGAAUUGGAAUUGGAGAUUGAAAAGAGGAAGAAAGAAUACGAUGCACUUGAGGCUAAGUUGAAGGAACUAAAUGCUCAAAAGGAUGCAAUUGAAGAUGAACUAAUGGCUUUUAGGACAAGGAAAUUUAGAGAGCACGGAAAUUCAUUCAAGGAUGAAAACAAGGGUAAUCAUGAAGAAGGGAAGGAGGGAGAUGUAGUUGUCGAUCUAACAGAGGAGGGAGAGGAGGAGGAUAUUGUAGAUAAGCUCGUAGUUGAAAAUCAUGUUUUGGAAUGUGAGAAGAGAAAGGCUGAAAGUGAGGUUGAGAUUUGGAAAGAAAAGUUUAAGGAAUUGGAAUUGUGGGUUUCACAGGUGGAUGACAUUACCAAAUUGAGAGGCGGAAAACAACUGUUGCUUGAAGUUAUUAAAGGUGAAAAUAGACCAGACGGGAGAACCGCCAUGGAGCAACUGCAAAUCAAAGAGAAAUCAGUAGAUUUGGCGGAUUUAGGGGCUACCUGUGGUAUCCCUGGUGAAGGCAUUGAUGAUAUUACUGCUGGCACCCCAUAUAAAAAGAGUCCAUGUGGACACACUUCUUUAGUGAGGAAUAAAGGUGUUUGUUCGAAUUCUGAAGGGGAUCGCCAUGGGAUAGUUGUAAGAUGCCUAUCAUUCGAAGAAGAAAGAAGCCCUAACAAAAAGAUGGCUCCAUCCACCCCGGGCAGCAGUAAAACUGCUUGUCUCAAUGUCAUAAAUAUUUUGGAUAGUGAUGAUGAGUCUGAUAUUCAUGCUACCCAAGCUUCUACUCCCAAUGAUCAGAGAAAUAGAAAAGUCAGAAUUUCAAAAGAUCAUAUGGUAGCUGGAAAUCUGAAUGAUAAAAAAGAAAAAACUUCUGAGAACUCUUUAAAGAGGGCAGCUUGCAAUCAGAGUUACAAAGAAGAUAUGGAUGAUAUUCCAUGUGUUCCAACUCCUAAAAGGAAAAGAGCUGUUAAGAUUGUCACUAGUGAUACUGAGAGUGAUGAAGAUGACAAUGUUCCAAUAUCUAAGUUGAAGAGGGUGCCUCUUCAGGGAUCAAUCCAUGACAAAGCAAAUACUGAUGUGAGCAGCUGCUCAAUAUUUGGGUCCUCUCCAUGUAUUCAUGAUGAUUUCAGUGGCCUUGUAACACGUUCAAGGCGACGUUUGGCAACUCUGAGGCAGUGUGAAGAAAAAGUGAAUGGAGAAAGUAAGACCAGUGAAUCAAAACAAGGACAAGGAAUUCCUACAAUGAAGGAUGUUGAAGAUGGUGAAUCUGAGGAAAUUGGAUCAGACAGUGAGGGUGAGAGGUUGGGUGGAUUUAUUGUUGACAGCUCUGAUCUAUCUGAUGCUAAUAACGGUUCCAGUCAGUCAAAAAAUGAAUCAGAUGACAAUGUGGACUUUGAUGAAAUUUUGUCCAAACUUCAAAGAAGCAAGAAUUGUAAGUUCAAGUGGGAAUUAGAGGCAGACAUGCUUUCAGCAUUUGGUAAGGAUCUUGAAUUAUGUAUGAAAGCUGUGUGUGCUCUCUAUCGACAGCAAACUUCUGAGGAACAGGCUGGCAAGGAAACAAUAUAUGACAAUAACCGAGGAUUUAGCAAAUUUGAUGCUCUAAGGGGUACUACUUUGGCCGAGUUUCUUACAGAUGGGGAUCCUCAUGGUGAUCUUAAGAAAUCUGUCCAGCAACUGGAAGAGCGUGGGCCCAAGGCAGUGGAACUGUGCAGAAGUUUGGCUACCCACUACUCUAAGCAAUUGUUUGAGAUCUACAAGAACAAAGAGGAUCCUCUUUUUCUUCCCAGUUGACUAGGCUACUCGAUCACAGCAGGGCAAAAACUGAGAAGUCAUGCACGAUCUUCUAGUGGUAAUGAAUUCCAGAGGAUGGCAUUUUGUUGUUUCCCAGUCCUCCCGUCACCUGGUUAUCUUUCUGGUUUCUCAUGGUGAUUGUUAAAAUUAGUUUGGAAACAUAUUACAUAUGUGAAUAUUGCUAGUAAUAGAGGAAUGCAUAGAGUCAUGAUUCUCCAAUUUUGAAAAUCCGUCUCUUUGUUCUAUGUAGUUUUGUAGUUGAUGCAUGGUGAGCAUGUUGUGAGUGCCAUUAGGAGGAUAUAUACAGGCGUAAUGGUUCAUGCUUUGUAAAUUUAGAAGCAUUAUUAUUUUC